AGUAGAAAAAAAUGAAAUUUCUUUCACUUUUUAUUUUAUUCCAACUCGGAAUUUUCAUAAUUAAAGCAAAAGUUCUCAAGGAAACCGAUACGAGUUUCAAUUUCGAAGACGACGACAACAGCAUUGAACAAGAAGCUCCGCCGAGAGAAAGAAUCAACUUGAGUUAUCCGGGUACGCGUUGGUGCGGUCCCGGAAACACUGCCGACGAUUAUGACGAUCUCGGAGCGCAUCCGGAAGAGGAUAAAUGUUGUCGGCGGCACGAUCAUUGCGAUAAUAUGGCGUCGCACGAGUCAAAAUAUAAUUUGACGAAUGAUGAUUAUUUCACGAGAUUGCAUUGUCGAUGCGAUAAAGAGUUCCACGAUUGUUUGAAAGGGAUUAACACAACUUUGGCAAAUCGCAUUGGAAAUUUUUAUUUCAACAUUCGGAAUCGAUGUUAUAAGGAGCAACAUCCGAUCAUGGAUUGUGCGGAGGAAAAACAUAAAUUUUUCAUUAGAAGAUGCACGAAAUAUAUUGUCGACACAGCAAAGCCCAAACUUUAUCAGUGGUUUGAUCUUCCGUUUUACGAUGACGAUGACAGUUUUGGAGUUGAUUUCAUGUAAAAAUUAAAUUUUAAAUAUAUUGAAAAUUAUCAAAACUUUUUUUUUGUUAACUUUGAAAAAUUAUUAAAAAAAAAAUUAU